UGUAACAAGUGAAUUAGCUUCGGGUAGCAGUUGGGAAGUAUUGGCAAAUAACAGUAUUGGGAGUGAUCAUCUUCCGAUUAUAAUCAAGUUUGAUAUAAGUAAUGUGGUUGAGCUAGAUGGUAUCAUGAGAUGGACCUUUUCUAAAGCAAAUUGGGAGAUGUUUGCUAAAUUGUGUGAUAAAGAAUUUGAUCAGAUUGAUAUGGCAGGAAGUAUUGAUGAAAUAAAUGAACAAUUUACUUCAAAUAUAAUUAAAAGCGCUAAUCAAACUAUUGGGAAUAAAACUGGUAACCUUAGUAAAUGUGUUAAGAUGGUACCGUGGUGGAACAAAGAAUGUAAUGAUGCAAUUCGAAACAAAAUCAGGCUGUUUGGAAAGCUAAGAAAGACACAUUCAUUACACAAUUUAUUAGAAUAUAAAAAGGCACAGGCUCAGGUAAGGAACAUUGUUAAAAGAGCAAAAAGGGAGUGUUGGAGAGGAUUCUGUUCAAGUAUUGGGAGAACUACACCAUUAGAUAAAGUAUGGGGAAUGGUUAAGAAGAUGAGGGGAAUAAGACAGCAGAGUAACCUGCCAGUGUUAGAGAAUGGAGGGGAAAUUGCCACCGGUGCUAUGGAAAAGGCAGAAAUUCUAGCUAAGAAUUUUGUCAAAGUUCAUUCUUCGGAAAAUUUGACAGAAGAAGGUAAGAUCAGGAGGCAGGAAGUGUUAGAUGAACAUCCUAAUGUAUAUGAAGAUAGACAUUCGUUGCAGAGUGUUGUAAAUAUACCUUUUUCUAUUCAAGAGGUGAGAAGAGCAUUAAGUAAGUGUAAAAUGACUGCUCCUGGGAAAGAUAAUGUAUGCUAUAUAAUGUUGACCAAAUUAAGUGAUUUUGCAUUAGAAAAGCUGCUGGAGAUGUACAAUAAGAUUUUGGAGAAAAGGAAGCUGCCAAUAAUAUGGAAAGAGUCUGUCAUUAUUCCUAUUAGAAAACCUGGGAAAGAUCCAACCAGUCCAGGCAGUUAUAGACCUAUAGCUCUGACAUCGCACUUGUGUAAAGUUAUGGAAAGAAUGAUAACAGAAAGGCUGACAUACUACAUUGAGAAAAAUGAACUAAUGACUCCUUAUCAGAGUGGGUUUAGAAGAGGGCGGAGUACUUUAGAUCCAUUGCUGUGCCUGGAGUCUGAAGUCAGGAAAGCACAAGCGAAUAAGGAGUGUGUUGUAGCUGUAUUCUUUGAUGUGGAAAAAGCUUACGAUAUGAUGUGGAAGGAAGGAUUAUUAAUAAAACUGGACAUUAUGGGUCUGGGAGGUAAUGUAUAUAAUUGGAUUAUGGAUUUUUUGUUUGGCCGUGCCAUCAGAGUCCGAGUUGGCAAUUCAUAUUCUCGAAGGCAUGACGUUGAAAAUGGAACCCCGCAGGGGUGUGUAAUUAGUCCCCUUUUGUUUUCUAUCAUGAUAAAUGAUAUAUACACACAAAUAGGAUCUGAUAUUGGUAAGUCACUUUUUGCAGAUGAUGGAGCUAUUUGGAAAAGGGGCAGAAAUGUAAAAUAUAUUGUAGCUAAGAUUCAGGAAGCCAUUACGGAAAUUGAAAGCUGGUCUCUGACAUGGGGGUUUAGAUUGUCGGUGGAAAAAACUGAAACUUUAUUUUUUACGAGGAAAAGGAUAAGUGAGGAGGUUAGGUUAAAACUUUAUGGACAAGAUCUAAAGAAAGUGAAGACAUUUAAAUUUCUGGGAAUAUGGUUGGACGAGAGAGUCACAUGGAGUACGCACAUUGAUCAAGUAGUGGAUAAAUGUAAAAGGGUUUUAAAUGUUAUGAGGUGCUUGGCAGGCACUAAGUGGGGGGCUGAUAAAGCUGCUUUGAGGAACGUAUACACAGCCUUAAUUAGAUCAGCCAUAGAAUACGGACUAAUAGUGUAUGGUUCAGCUGCAUAUUCUUCUCUUCAAAAAUUAGAUAGAGUCCAGGCACAAGCACUAAGGAUAUGCUGUGGGGCAGUCAGAUCUACACCAGUGUCUGCACUUCAGGUAGAGGUCGGAGAAAUACCAAUUUCUUUGAGGAGAAAACAGUUAAUUGUUCAUUACUGGGCAAAUCUUCAGGGCCAUAAAGAUACUCACCCUACCAAACAAACUGUACAAACAAGUUGGGAAAGUAACAAAAUAAAAAAAGAAAGUUUUUGUGUUUGUGUUUCGGAAAUAUGUAAGGAAUUCAAAGUUAAAGAAUGGAGUAUUAGUCCGACGGUGGUGUUAUCAGCUGUUCCACCAUGGUUGCUGCCUCAACCUAUAGUCGAUUUAUCACUAUUGAAACGGUUACAUUCAAUGAAAAACAAAAUCAAUGUACAGGCUUAUGUGAACACUGUUCUACAUGAACAAUAUGGGCAGUUUAUACAAAUAUUUACUGAUGGAUCCAAAAAUCCAGAAAAUGGUCUAACUAGUUGUGCAUUUUAUGUUCCUGAAUUAAAAGUAAAAGUGGGAAAGCGUACGAGUGAUCACAUUGCAGUAUAUACAGUAGAGAUGAUGGCUAUCUCACUAGCACUUCAGUGGGUAGAGGAAACACAGCCAAUGCGAGUGGUCAUUUGCUCUGACUCCAGUGCAGCUCUGGAGAGCAUAAACAACUUCUCUUCAGAAUGUCGUCAGGAUAUUUUACAUGAAAUUUUACACAUCAUGUUUAGGUUAGUUCAUCUGGGAAUUGUUGUUCAAUUUGUGUGGGUUCCAGCGCAUGUGGGUAUUAGAGGGAAUGAAGUAGUGGAUCAACUGGCAAAAUGUGGUUUGAAAGCAAACCAGAUUGAUAUUAUGGUACCCAUCAGUCGAUCAGAAGUCAAAUCUACAAAGGGAAGUAGGAACAGGAAGCACUUGGGGGAGUAGUAGAAGAGAACAGAGCAUUAACAGCAGGAUAAAAUUGGGACACUCUGGAUUAAACUCAUCACUGCAUCUGAUUGGGAAACAUCCAAAUGGCAAUUGUGAUGGUUGCCAACAACCAGAGACAAUACAGCAUGUAUUUUUUAGCUGCCUGGAAUAUACAAGGCAAAGACUCAUUCUGAAAACUGCACUGGAACAACUCAACGUCAAGGACAUGGAUUUCAAAUCAAUAUAUGAAAGUAAAUCAAGAAAUGAAGCAAACAAGCUGAUCUUCAAAUUCCUCAAAAGCACUGGUUUGAGGACAAGGAUUUAAUAUGAACAUUUAAUAACUCAACAGUAGGUGGCGAUAUAUGCUCCAAGUGGAAGCGAUUCACCAUUAAAGAGAAGAAGAAGAAGAUGCGGCCCAGAACCAACUCCCGAGUGGCCCAGCUAGCCUCCUGUAGCCAAAUUCCUACAC